AUGGACCCAGAAGAUGGAUUAUAUGAAAGAUUAAAUUGGGAUCAUUGGCGUUCAUUUAUUUCAAAGGAAGGAAAUGUUGGGGAUUCUUUUACUGUCAGAAAAAUAAUUUAUUUUGCGUCGAUGGACCCAAAAAUGAGAAAAGAAUUGUGGCCUUUCCUUUUAAGAAUAUUCCCUUGGUCUUCAACUUAUGAACAUCGCGAGAGUAUUCGUAACGAUUUAUUUCUUCGAUACCAAAGAAUGAAAAGAAAUCGAAUUAAAAAAAUUUCAAAGGCAACAGAAGCAGGGGAAAAGUUUUAUGCUAAUGUUGAAUCGAGCAUCUUAAAAGUAUAA